AUGGAUUUUACAGACCCUCAAACCCUCCACUUCUCGGUACCGAUCGUCAGUGUGGUGGUCCUCGCAGCGUUGGUGUUCGUCUGCGGCUUCCGGGCCAGCUUCGAGCCGCCCAGCUUCAAAGCCUUGGACGAGGACAACCGAAAGAAAAAUAGAAGGAAAAAUAAGCGAAUCACCAAUGGCUUCCUGUUGUCGGACAAAGUUAGAACAUCAGACUCAGAGGAGGACAGGCCCGCACAACCCUCUAAGACCCCCUCGUGGGAGCAGCAACCAAAAGUACAAGACACACCAGAUCAGAAGGAUGAUUCUGGAAGAAAGGAAGAAGGGAAUGAGCUGGAAGAAGAUGGUACCAGGAUCAAACAGGUUCUUCCAGAGUCAGGGGGCAAGCACAUCACUGCAGGGCCAGCCAUACCCCCUUAUCAGUGGUACAAGCUGCGGCAGUAUACUCUGCUCAAGGGGCUGAGAACUUGCAAAUGGAUCACCCAACCCACUAAGGAAGACAGAAAACUGCAGAAGGAGAGGCGCCGACAGCAGACCAAUAACCGAGACCUUGGUUCCCCCAGACAACUGCACACUCGGUGGAGAGACUCCAGCUUUGAUAGGGAAGCAAGCGGAAAAGUCAGAGGAAAACGGGAGGGUCAGGACAGAGAUGACUGGGGCUGGGAAGUCAAGUCUAAUGCGAGUGCUCCAGCUGUCUUUGCAUCUCCAGCGAAACCACGAGAUGCCAUCCGCACUCCGACAAGAGAGGACAAACCAAGGGCUACAACCAUCAACCACAUAAGCAUAGCACCCUGGGCGCAGAAGACACCCGUCUCUGUGACAGGAAGCACCACCACGACCACAACAACAGGCACUGAUGACCUUGACAGUGGCAUCGACUUCUCUGUCAUGACCUUUCGAGACGAAGACCUCAGUGGCACAGAGGUUCAACGGAUGGAGUACGGAUGGCUGACUACCACAGCGGGGCAGAGGGGAGGGGUGGCUGGUGGAGAACGGGAGGAACUGCACAGGAUCACAUAUGCCUCUGCUCAAGCAACUCAGGGGACACAGGUGCCAAAUCACAAUGAGUGGAAAGAUAUCCAACUUGACCAUGCUCUUCUUGAAGACUGGCGUAAGCGCCUUGAGAAACAAAAAGAUGGCAGGAAGUCAGAAGCUUCAGAGACGGAAUCUCAGACGACAGAGAAAACCAUCAUAGAGAAUGGUGACCAGCAGUCAAGUGAACAUGACUCGAGUACAGAGAAAGUGCUAACCAGUAGCACCGAGUCACAAACCAGCAGUGAUGAGUUCCAAGCUCAAACGGAGUCUAGGCCAACAAAAAACCGUUCCACAGAAUGCCAAACCAGUGAGACGGGUUCUAAAGAGUAUGAAACUCACUCCGUAGAGUGCCAGGUAGGCGGCAACCAAGCCGAUGAAAAGACUGAGGAAAAUGUGAAAGAAGCUGUCCCAGAGAAGAAAGAGCACAGGAGAAAAGUGAAAAAUUCAAAGAAGUCAACAAUGGCUAAUUCUUCUAAAUCUCAGCCCCGUGAAGCAUCAAAGGAGGCCCCAGAUGUUAGCAUUCAGUCUAAAAAGGAUGAGACACCGAAAGAGUUGCUGCCAGAUAAAGAAAUCCUACACAUUGAGGACCAAACAGAGACACAGACCCAAGACAAUGAGGAAAACAGUGGGAAGGCAAAGGAAGAAGUUGAAGAGAUGAGUGACAAUGAUGACACGUGGACAGUUGUUCUGAAAACCCGGGGCAAGAGAGUCAAGCACAUACAUGUUGUAUCAGCUGCAAAAACAAACAAAAUAGUUGAAGCAGAGACAAGGAAUGAAGCUGAUGGUGGGGAAAUGCUGCACGGUACUGGCACAAAUAGCACCAGUACUCCAACAAAAGGCAACCAUGAGACAAAGGUCCAGGCUGUGAGGCUACCUGAGCCCCAAAGUGAGUUGUCCAGCCAGGGUACAAUAGCUGACAAGCAGGUUCCAAAAGUGAAGACGUUUGCCAUGGUUGCUGCUGGCAUCUGCACAGAGAGGAACGCAGACCCUCCCCCUGCCCCGCCCCCUCCCCCUCCCCCUGCCCCACAGCCACCACCCAUGGAAACACCAAGCAAGAAACCUGAGACAAUGACUGAAAAGGUUGUGAAGAAGGUAGAGAAUAAACUGGAGCCCCUGACGUUGGGCGGGUCAGGUCCGCUGAGCUGGGCAGAUGAGAUGGAGAUGGAGGAGUCCCUGCAGACUAAGUCUCCAGCUGCAAGUCCCACCAGCACCUCCCCUCCACCCACCACACCCUGGGGGACCAACGCAUGGUCACAGAGAACUCCAGAUGUAACCUCAAUAGAAACUUCUGUGAUGGCCCAGCAGAAGACCAAGCUGCGGACUGGAAAAGGCGCAAACUUCCUGGCCAUCGACAUCAGUCCUGACGGCAACUGGGUCGAGGACAAGCCGGUCAAGAAAAAGAGAAAGCCGCGCCGCGAUGAAAACUUUGCCGUUAAGACUGCUGCUUAAUGUGAUUGUGAUGAAGUGUGUGACAUGAAAAGUUUACUUGACCUCAGAUUGUGUAAAACCAGCUCAGCUAUCCUUCUUUACAUAGUUCCAGAAGUGUGUGACAUGGGAAGGCUGACACAACACACGUACAACGCAUGUCGGCCGUGAGGAGUCCUUGGUGUUUGACCCGUAAUCUACAAACAAGGUGACCAAAAAAAGGUUGUUGUGUAUUCAUUAUAUACUCUCGAAGGCUGGACCUAUUGCAUAAUGUGCUACAUUUAAACUUUGCUCUGUGUGCCACCUGGACAAUAUUAAAGGAUUCUAUAGAAGGCCUCUAGCUGUUGGGAUGAAAUUUGUUCAGAUGCAUCGUGACCGUCAGAGCUGUGUAAAAAGUGAGUGUGUUCUGGCAUUGGUGUUGCUGGCUGUGUGUAGGAGCAUUGCUUCAACAACAGUACAGGAAAUAGAAUUUAUCCAAGACAAUGGCGUAUAAUGCAGGCUCAAGAAGUUACUAUAUCAGAACAUGUUGCGAACUCAAGUCAUUUUGAAACCUCUCUACCUAAAUACAAGAACAUUCCACCAAAUUUAGACACUUAGAGAUGAAGUUUGACAUGGAAUUGAUCAUAUGAACAUCUUCCCGAUUCUGCAUUCCCCAAACGUUUUGGUAAUGCCUCAGUGACAAGCCAAAUGGUUAUUUCAGCUUUCAUUCCCAAUGAUUAAAAUUCAACAUGAUAGUCCGAAACACACAUGGUGUAAUGAUUGUUAGCCUCAAUGUGGCAGGGAUUAUUUUAUAGCAUUCUAGAUCCUGAGGUUUAUGCUAUAUUUACAGUUGCUUGAAGUCAACUAUAUUUUGAUUCCACAAUUCAUGAAUUGAUGUCAUUCAUGCUGAAGACAAGCAGCUGUCAAAGGUAGUGUCUACGGUUUAGCAACUUCUCAAUCUUCUCAUAGGUACUCUUAAGAUUUCAUUCUAAACGGAAAAAUAGUGAUAUUUGACAUACUAGUAGCUUACUAGCUAGAGGGAUAUUGCAGGAUUUAGAACAAUUGUCUAUAUUGAAAAAAACUACUACGCUUAUUCUUCAGUUUGAGCACUUUGACUCUACAUAAUAUGACCACAUGCAAUUACAAUGAUCUAGGUUGGGAAUGGAUAUGUCUUGCUAGCAUAAACUAGAACUAAUUCUAGCUGCCAAAGCUUGCGUACUUUAGUUCGAAGGGAAAUAUUGUUGAAACAAUAGGUAUUAGGUGUCAGAGAGAUCGGGAUAUGAAAUGAAACUGCAUUUACUAAAGAAACAAACAAUCUCGAAAUAGAUGAAACUGACAUAAAUGCUGCACUCUGUCCAAGAGAUUUUAAGGCAUCAAUUUACUGACUUACAUGUCCCCAGAAGUUUGAUGCUGAUCAGGGCCAGUCAAACAUGUGCAUCACUUGAUGUGAUGCGUUAUAAUAUCAUAUGUAACUCAGAUGAUCACUGCUACUUUUAGGAAGAUAAGGUUAUCUCAGUAGUACGUAUGAAUUUUCCCAGAUAUACCGUCCAUAAAACAAAAAUAGUCAAAGCGUUGGCUUAACUCUUAACAUUUAGCAGAGGGACUGGUAUUUAGUGAGGGAGCACGAAGGGCACAGGACAAUGAAGUUCACAUCAUUAUCGUCUCAAUAGCGCCCCCUCUCUGGGAGCUGGUAAUCUGCAGACUUUUGUUGCUUGAGAAAAGCACAACAACUACUGUGCCAUGGUCAGUAUUCACAAGGUUACUACUGUACAUCUUUCAAGUCACCUUGCAAUUCAGACCAACUUUUGUAUUGCUGUUGACUUGUGUCACUCUUGAAGAUGUACACUCUAGUGGAAUUGAUGUAGUUGGUCACCAAAUGACAUAUAUAGAGUGUAGUUGAUAUAGCUUCGCGAUGUAGAUGUUCUUGGACUGUUCUACUUACUGAGGGAAGGGGGAUGUUGUGUUCUUAGAAGAGAUUUUGAGAAUUCAAGCGAACUGAAAAACAAAAAUAUUUCAAUCUACCAAGUCCUACCCGCAGUCAAUUUUGCCUUGCAAGUUGUCGGAGUGACUGGAUGGGAUCCCCCUUGUCUGAAUCUGAGUGGAACUGUGCCAUUCGUAGCCAGAUUUCUCACUGAUGUACAUUUUGUGGACAGGUGAUAAAAAGAUACUGCAAAAAAGAGCUGCUUCUAUUUUUGUAAACUAUCUAUGAGCCCCUCUCCUCAAAUUUGCUACAAGAGUACAUUUUUGAUGGAAACUACCCAAAUUAUCAAGAUGGUCUCUACAUCCCAGGUGCAAUGUUGUUCUUGAAUCAGUGUAAAUGUAUGAGCAAUCAUGGCAAAUAUAUUUGUCAUGACUUUGUAUUUUUGUGCAAGAUCGAUGUUUUUUGGACCUCCAGUGUUUUGUGAGGGUGGCAGAUGUAGUGAUUAUGAUACAUAUCAGUGUUAAGCAAGUUCUGUGGCAACAUGUUUCUGAAAUAUCAAAAUGUGUGUAAUAUAUAUAUAAAUAUAUAUAUAGACAAUAUAGACAUAUAUGUGUGUAUGUGUAGUAAAAUAUAUAGAUAUAUAUAUGGAGAGAUUGAUGUGAUUUAAUGCAGGCUGAAUGCAAACAGUGUCAGUGUCAUAAACACCUUUAUCCUAACUUAUUCUAUCAUUAUGCUAUGAUUGUGGGUCAUUCAAUGCACAAUGGUUAUAGAUAUAAUAUAUUGUCUAUUUAUACUGUAUGAAGUAUAUGUGGAUUGACGCAGGUGGAAAAGCUAUAUUUGUUAAUGUUAAUGUAAUGGAUAUUGCAUAUCCUUAAUGAUGACAAAAUCUAAUUAUUGUAAAAUUUGUCAGAAGUGAAGUUGUUUUCCUUUCUUUCACACCAACAUUCCUUUAUGAAUUUUCAUUCUUGCACAGUGGAGUUGCAGCAAGAAUGCAGUCCCCAAAAUGACCAAGUUACAUGGGUAUUAAAAAAACUUUGCUGUCAAAUAACUUGAUGAAUUGGAUAUAGAUAGUAUUACAUUGUUGAAGGGCAAGGUUUUCCACUGUUAAUCCAGUAGUGCUAUUUUUUCCUUCUUAUUGAGUUAUCUCGACAACAGUUAUUCUACUUUGAGGUUCCUGUCAUGAAAUGUUGUCAAUAACUUAGAGUGGAUCAAUUGUCGAUUAAUGUCAUGAUUUUCAACAAAAUUGUCUGAAUUCUGUGAACAAUUGCACAAUGACUUUGGUAUCGUUUCUGUUUAUAAUCUUCAUUAUAGAAUGUCAAAGAAAGGAAGAUGUAUUUUAGAUUGAGAUCAUUCCGACAUUGGAUAUAAUUAUGUUGAAAAGAACGGUUUAGAGACACAGAACGUUCUAAGUUUGGAUCUUUCCCCGCUUACAUUUUCUUUGCAAAUUUACCCACAGAAAAAAGAGACUUUAGGGUUGAAAACCUCAUGAUUCACUAGUUUAUGAAUGACCAAACACUGCAAGCAAACUUUAACAGCUAGACUAAGACAUUGUGAUCUCGCAAGCAACUUUGUCAAGAACAGAUAUGGCAAUGUUUUUGUCAUGGGACCAAAUAAGAGGACUAACUAUAAGUCUGUUAAUGAUGGUACGUCAUCACCCUUGUCAUGAUAUGGAAUUCAAACUUAAGUUAGAGUCCAGAACCAAUUUAGUUGUACUACUAGUAGAUCUAUACAAUACCCAAUUUCAGUAAACUGAAGCAGCUGUAUACAUGUAUACAGCUGCUUUCCUUUUACUUUAACUAUAAUUACUAAGGUAAUGCUGUCACUGGUAUUUUACUUGGUUAGAUAACGAACAAUCAAUUUAAACAAGAAGUUACAAAUGACUUCUUAACAUAUUGUUUUUGAGGGGGGUUGUAUGUAGGCCAUGGCCUUGAUAGAAUUUAGGUCCCUUCUGAAUUGCCAAUUAGCAUGUAAAUCCUACAGAGGAAGCCAGGCUAUCUUAACAGAGCGUAACAGUCAGUAAUUUUUUUCUAGUUGUAUUGUUUGAUCAAUGGGAAAUACAAUGUUAUUAUAUAAUAUUCUGGGGAAAAUUGUGUAAACCACUCAUGGUUGAACAAGAUGUUCUGAAUUAAGAAGAAAUUUGCAAUUUACUGUUUUUGAAGAGAGGACAUAGGUAAUUUAUGGUUAUAAUCUAGACUGUGGAGAAACUUUGUCAUUUGGGGCUGUCAUUGGGAUUGAUGUAAGUUGUGUAUUGCUUGAUGAGCCUAAUACAUGUACAAUGGGCAUCACCAGGUACUGGGUGUGUACUAGACAGAUCCUCCAGUUGGUACUAUACAAAAUGUGGAAGAGGAGCUUUGAAACAUUGUAGUUCAUUUGUUAGUCAUUUCAACGGUCCCUUAAGCUGGUGUCUCACUGGACUGGACCAAAUGGCACCAAAUUUGUAAAUUGCUGCCAAUUUUUCCAUGGUGGCAUAUAAGGCCAAGAUAAAACUGGAAGUUGCUACUGAAUUAAAGACAUUCUGUACAAUGACUAAAAUUACAUUAAAAAUGCAGUAAUAAAAGGAUGUUCUCUUAUCAUUAGUAAGACAUUGUAGAAUACCCAUUACAGGAUAUGUGUCCAUAUGUGCAAUUUUGCAAAUCCGCAAUUUUGGACAAAAAAUUGCAAUGAUUGGCGUCACUCUGCAAAAUUCUGGUGCGAUUUGGAGCAGUCCGAUGAGAUACCCUCUUAAGCGACAACAAGAGCAUCGCAAUUUAGAAAACUUGUACCUAGUAUAUGAUUUUUUGUCCAUACAGAGCAAAAUGGAGAGGAUAUUCUGAUGUCAUUUAAUCUUUGACUAUUGAGAAGUCAUGAUAACAAUUUAACAGGACCAAAGUUACUCGAGAUGAAAAAACAUUGCCAAGAAUACAAACAACUGUACCAACUAUGUUCAUGAAGCGAUUUUACGACAUGGCCACGUACUGUCACGACAUUUGUAACUUGAGCACCAAGGAUAGGUUAGAGGUCAUAUUUGACAAGAUAACACAAUGCUUUUUUUGCUUUCCAUAGGGCCAAUGUUGAUUUGGUCAUAUAGAUGACAUCUACAUCCGCAUCAGUUUUCGGCCAUUUAAAAAAAAAAUACAUGAAAAGCUUUCAACCAUACUGUAAAUAGUACAAAGCAGCUUCAAAACAAGCAUAUAUAUGUCGUGGAUUACAAAAACAAAUAUCAGAAAACGUUUACUAAUAUCAUAGAAUAUUCCAAGGUCAAAGAAGAUGUUAAAGAAAAAAAAUGAAGAAUCUCUUGUUCGAUACACUAUAUUCUGUGAUUUCAGUCAUGUGUUCAACUUUCCAGAACACUUAGAUUUCAAAAGGCAACUUUUUUAUCAACCUUUUUGUUUAUUCCCACGCUUGCAUCAUUUUUUUUUUGGAUUCCCAUGCAGAGGAUGUCAUCCAUAUAAUCAAAUUAACAUGGCCAUAUAACACCAAGACACCUGUGUGUAAGCAGAACUGCCCGUAAGACGGUUGGAAAAUAAUUACAUCCAACCAAGUGGAUGGCAUUUCUGUUGAAAUUCGAAUCACUGCAAACCUCACUGCUACUUUCUGGCUUUGACGUUUUACAAACCUUACUGGGCCAUGUUGAAAAAGUGCUGCAUACGUCGUGGAACUACAUUCAUGUAAAUUACCUUACAGGUGAUAAAAGAACUGUUACAUAGGUGCACAUACAUGUGACGUUAUACCUACUCAGAUAAGUGCAAACAACCUUGCUUCACAGGAUUGUUGUUACAUUGUUUCUGCCGGUGGUUGAUAAUGUAUUAUGUGUGUCCAAGCUGUACGACAUCUCGGAACAAACCAGAUGCAGACUUUGGAAUAUAAGUUGUGGAAAUAAACUGGAGGCAAAUGCA